AUGGGAGAAAGCUCAUCGUCACCACGAGGGAGAAACUUGAGUGAUUUCAUUGAUCAUAAUGCCUCAUUUUCUUCCUCCUCUUCAGUAAUGAAGCUGUUUGGUGUCGCCGUCACUGAUGGCGGCAUAGCUCCGGCGACAGAACAACCAGACGGUGACAGCAAAAGAUUCGAGUGCCAAUAUUGCAAAAGAGACUUCGCCAAUUCUCAAGCAUUAGGUGGCCAUCAGAAUGCACACAAGAAAGAACGGCAAAGAUUAAAAAGGGUGCAUUUCAUGAGUAACCAUCACCGGCGUUUUGCAGCGCCGGUGACCAUUAUUAAUGCACAUGCAGCAAGAUCUGGACAUUUCCAGCAACCGCAGAUGGCGGUGGUGGAUCACUAUAUAUGUCCUUCGUCACCACCACAGGUACUGUCGGGUGUUCCUCUAAGAUUUCCUAGCAGGUUUUACAUCGGACGACCACCGCAUCUCAGCCUUACCACUGCCGGAGUGAGUUCAAAUUCGUCAAGGAUGAUCGAAGCAGCAGAUGAUAACGGUGAUGGUGUUGACGUUGAUCUGCAUCUUUGA